GAGUUCUCCACAACAAGAUACAAAACCCGGACUUACGUCGCCCUUCCGGCUUCCUUGGUUAGGUAUAAAAAACGUGAGCAUAUUGAAGACCUGGCGAGUAACAGUAAAAAUGACGUAUGUACUAUUGGUUCUUUCUUUCCAAGUUUUGGGCAUUUUUGCUGCCUAUAAUGAAUCUCCGUGUAAAGAUGAGAUUAGAAGUGGUCAAUCUGGUGUUUGUAUGGAAACCGGUUGUUGUGACGGAGGGAACUACGUUAGUGGAUACUGUCCAACACAACCAAAUAAUGUCAAGUGUUGUUUCAGUAGGAACACGUGCUCUUCUAGUGACCAAAAAGCCUGUGAUGACGUCAGUAUUGUAACACGUUCCCAAUGGGGAGCUCGAGGACCGAAGAGUCAGUCCAGCUUACAGACACCUGUCGGUAAGAUUUUAAUUCACCAUACUGCCGGAGCCACGUGCAAUAGCCAAUCGUCAUGCUCCAGAGUAGUACGUAAUAUCCAGAUGUACCAUAUGAAUACGAAAAAAUGGUCAGAUAUUGGCUACAAUUUCCUGAUUGGUGGAGAUGGAAAAGUUUACGAAGGUCGUGGCUGGAAAACACGUGGAGCCCAUUCACCUGGUUACAACAGUAAGUCACUUGGGAUCUCCUUUAUAGGAAACUAUCAGGAAGAGACGCCAAGCAGCGGAAUGUUACAAGCUGCGAAGACACUGGCUGAGUGUGGUGUGUCUAAGGGUUACAUCACUUCCAGUCACACGGUACACGGUCACCGAGAUGCUAAAUGUACAGACUGUCCAGGAAACAAGUUGUAUGAUGUUAUAAAACGCUGGACCAAUUAUGGCGGAAGGCUACCUGAUUACGUAUGUUGAUGAAUGAUGUCGAAACUCGAGGUGUAAGAAUCUUAGUUUUUAGAAAAUGCCAUGUAUUAGUUAAAACAAAAUAAAAAAAGAAACGUUUUUAA